UAUUGAACAGUCGAUGGUUCAGCUUAAAAUUAAACAAGAUAUUUUCUUGUAACGACUCAUUUCUCCUCAGUUAUCUAGUGGAAGUCGAAAAGUUAAAUUUAGAUUGAAUUUUAGUUUCCCGUUUAAUCUAAGAUUUGGAGCCGGUCGUUUUGGAUUAUUCGGUUAGAGAGAUUCAAGUGAAUUUAGUUUGAAAUAUGAAAUAGUCAAAAUUUUUAAAAUUUCGUGCUGAUCCUCGGACUUACUAAAGAUCGUAUCUAAAUAUCUAAGAAGUGGUGACUUUUAUCUUUUCCUCGACCCAAGUCGAAUCGAUGUCGAACGGAGUUCAGUGAAAGAACAAUUUUGGUCAGGAAUUCCAAGUACGCAAGAAGUGUCCGCGUAUGGACUAGUACCACAAAUUUUAACGGGACAAGGGUUACUUCUUUUGCACUACUGGUCGUUCAGUAUAUCUGCAAGAUAUAAGACGAAGAGCAGUGAUCAUCGGUAGUGAUCAGAAGUAUUCUGAGCCGGAUUAAAGAGCAAAUAGCCAUCUGAGUGUUGGAAGAAGGAAACCCAAGCAGCGCAUACUCCACCACUGAAACGCGGUGUGUUCUUGUGCAGCCCAGCAUCCUCUUCUGUACCAGAAGCAUCGUGUUAUAUUCGCUGGAGUUUCUUCGACAACGUACAUUCUUUACAUGGCGCGCUUUUAAUGAUCGCGUAAGGAAACCUUGUUCAGUUUUGCAUAUUUCCAAGAGAAAGAUCGUCGCCCAGAAGACCAAGUAACUCUACGUGAAGAACAAGUACUUGCGGCCCGGACACGAUUGUGGUGCUUAGUUAACUUUGUUGAACCAUCCACCUCUUCGGACGACGAGACCGCGGAGUUUUUUCAAAAGUAUCUUAGUCGGUCGUUUUGUUGGUUGUUCAUUCGCUCAAUGCUAAAGGCCAUAAUAAUAAUUUGCUUAAUAAUUUUUAAAUGACACUUACAUUCUAGAUGUGAUAUUACCGCAGAUAUUUAGCUUUUACUAAGGAGUUGGCCCCGUCGACUGGUUGUUCCGUUGGUUAAUUUAUGUUUGUUAUUUACUUUCACGGAUAGUAUCGAAAUUUGUUAAAGAAAUUUUUAGUCAAUUCGUAAAAAAAGAAAGCCCUGAGCAAGCGAUUUGUGGGAUUUUUACUCGCUUUUAGUGUUAACGUGAUUUCCCGAAUAUGAGAGUGAGAACGAAAACGGUCAUCAUGAAGCCGACGAAAUUAUUAUUGCUGUCAUUUGUGAUAUUAAUCAGUACAGUAUGCGUCCUAGAUGCACAGAUAGUCGCCAUGGAAUUAGGAGCACGCUGUCAGCAUGACAUGGAAUGCGAUAAUAUCAAAGGAAGUCAUUGUUCAAUGGCUGGUCUAUGUGAAUGCGCACCUUACUAUGUUCAGUACAAUGACACAACCUGUUUACCAUCUCAACUUCUCGGAAGCGAUUGCGUCUUAGCAGAACAAUGUACGAUGAAGGUGGCGAACAGUAGCUGCUUAGAUGGUGCAUGCCGUUGCGUCGAAGGAUUUCUUCAGUUCAGGAAGCACACAUGCCUUGGACCGGCACGUCCUGGAACCGUCUGCUACAGCAAUGCUCAUUGUGAGAUGUGGGAUGUUCGGACUCAUUGCGAUUUCUUGAUUCCAAACCUCUUUGGACGUUGUCAAUGCACUUCACCCUACAAGCAAAUAGGUGGCUUAUGUCUAGAUGAAUCAGAAGCAACAAGCACCGCUGCACCUCCCACCUCGUCGAUCAGCACCACAGCCGAACUCCUGAGCAUUUCAUCCUCAUCACACAUAUAUGACAAAACCACGGAAGGCAUCAAAGAAGAAUCAUCGAAUCAGAUCCAAAAUGGAGGCGAACUGGAUGAUGUGCCUAAACUAGACCUCGCCGAUCAUACCGAAGUACUCCACAACGAAGAACAUGUCACAGAUAAGCUGGAAGAUGAAGAACCUCAUGAACAGAUGGUCGAAAUAGCGGAGGAGCAACACACUAGACCUAUGGAUCAACACCAACCCCAAGAACCCGACCAGGAAAAGGAGCAUCAGGAUGAAAAUGUGGUCGAAUCUAACGAUGAGAACACCCCAGUUAACAAUGAUGAGCUUCUCAAUUCAACUGAACAACAUGCGGAAGGUUCGGACGUUGAACCCCAUCAAACAGAGCAAGGAGCUGACGAAUUCGAACAUGUCUCACCCGAAACUGCCGAACAGAAUAGUUCCCAAGAAUUGGAUACGCAUGAAAAUGGCGAGGAAUCAUCGCAGCAACAAGAGGAAGCACAUACGACACCAACUCCAAUGCAUGAAGACUUUACCCAGAAACCUGAACAUUCCGUAGAAAAUAUUGAUACCGCUUUAGAGGAGGAAGUCCAGUCACAGGCAACUGACAGUAAACUAGAAGAGGAACCAAUUUUAUCACAAACAGAGGAAGGAGCGGAUAAGCCAUUGUCUAUGGAAGAACAAGAGCACGAAACAAUGGAACAUGAACCAUCGCCUACCGUUCAGGACAAAAACUCGAUUGAAGAACAGCCCCAAGAGCAUGAUGCAAUUGUCCAGGAACAUAUUUCUGAAGAAGCAUCACCAACAAUUCCACAAAACAAUUACGAGGAGACACAAACGGAGCAAAUUGAUAUGGUCAGCGAAUCUGAACCCCAAGCACCAAUUGAAAAUACAGAGCAGAAAACAUCAACCCCUUCAUCAGAUUUCGAGAGUGUUCAACCGACCGAACGGAAUGAAGACUUGUCCCCACCACUAUCAGCUGCUGAACAGUUAGAAGCGGUAGAUGAAGUAAAGAAAACGGAACAAGAACUGGAAGCAGAACAAGAAAAUGCUGACGCAGAGGAACAGGGAACUUCAGAAAAGAAUAUUCAAGAAAAUCGACCAGAUAUUACCACACCCAUUCCAGAAACCGGCGCUGAGGUAGCCACUAACGUUAAUUCACAGCAAAGCAUCGAAACUCCGGAAGACAAUGAUCAAGAGCCUGCAAACAUGCAACCGGUGUCUCAAGAACCUUUAUAUCCCGUGGAAGAACCAGAAGAGCAACAAGCAACUGAACAAAUAUUACAGGAGGCGUCUAACCACGAAGAUAUUGAAGCAUCUGAGGAAUCUUUGAACCAGUCCGAAGCAACUGAGGAGCCACUCCAACCCCUUGAAAUCACUAGCAACAAGGACGAACCACAAGCCUUCACAGAACCCAUGUUUGAACCGGAGAAACACGGCAAUGAAGAAUCACCAGCAAGUGCUGAAGCAGGAGAUUUAGCGGACAAUAAAGAUAAUCUGGAACCUGAAUACAAUAUGGAAGUUGGUAUUCAAGAAAAUGAAGUUACAGAGAAACCAGUUGCUGGAGAAGAAUCGAACGAAGACAUUGCAAGUCUGGGAAAUGUGGAAAACGCUGAAACGACACCAAAAGCCGAAGCUGAAAUAUCAAAAUUGGAAGAAGUCGCCACACCAUCUAAAAUCGAGGAAGAAAUCUUAAACAAUGAAGCACAUCUCGAAGAAGCCGCCGCAUCCUUGGAAAAUGAGCAAGUAUCUCUGGAACAAGAGGCAAAUAAUAUUGAGUACCAAAUAAGUCCAUUAAAUCAAACCGAAGGGGCCAAUGCAGUGGAAGAUUCUCCUGAACAACAGGAAAACACCAUUCUCAGCCAGGACCCAGAGAAUUCCAACGUUGAGUCUUCAGAACCAUCCAAUCUAGAGAGCGAAAGUCAUCAAGAUGAACAUGCGGAAACAACAGCCCAUCCAGAUGCUACACCUGAAAGUGAAGAUCUCCCAAAGAAAGAAGAGGAAGUUUCAUCAAACAUUAAUGAAGAACCGUUCACUGAUAUUGUCCCUCAAGAAUUGCCAUCACACCACCACAAUGAGAUCCAAAAUGAAGUUGAGGAAGGAGAUGUAGCUGCCACUGAAACCGCUCCUGUUAUCUUUAAGGAACCAGAAACGGCCGUCUUGAGUGAAAAAAUCGACGUAGAACAAACCACUCAGAAUGCGGAAAUGGCCAAUGACGUUCAUCAUGAAGACAACCACCACCAGUCUUCUGAAAGUCAUCAACCUACGGAAGAUAAUUUUAUACCUUCAUUGGAACAAUCCUCAGAUGACUGGCAAAACCAAUAUCCAACAUCCUUUGACCAAGAUCAAGCUGAGUAUCCAGACCAAGAGUAUCAAUGGCAUCCAGAUGGCUCCCUAGAAGAUCCAGCAGAACCUCAUAAUGAGGUAUUCCCUAGUAGCGAAGGCGAAGUUGCCCUGGAGCCCUCAGCAACAAUUACAGAAGAACAUUUCCCGGCUGAAUCCUUGGUUACUGAAAGCGGAAACCACGUUCAUGACCGAGAACCAGCUAAUGACGAAUCAGAGGCAAACACUAUUCCAGAGAAGGUUGAAGCCCAAGAAAGCUUGAAUAAGAUUGAUGACGUAGUCGCUUCAACUACUAGCGCAAGCCCCGUAUACCAAGAAAACGAAGCUCAAUCAACUCCUGCCUAUGAAUCUAGCUCUGAAGCUGCUGCUCAACCACAAAGUGAGGAAUUCUUUGAUCACUUAACUGAAGGGAACUUGGUCGCUGCCACAGACUCAGUUUCAGAAAGUGAAGCUCCAGAAGACAAAAAGACCCAGUCAAUUGAAGGAGAGACAUCAGAGGACGAAGAAAGCUCGGAAUUUAAUCACCCACCUCCAAUGGGUGCAGGUACAGAAAACCUGGAAACUAUCAUGGAAGCAGACACAGACGGAGAAGUUGCUACCAAUGACAAAGACGUAGAACCAGACUCGUUUGAAGACUCUCCAGUCCAAGUGCAAUAUGAACAUGAGAUCGAGGAAAUGCAUGCACAUCAUGAACAUCAAACCACAACCGCUUCACCCACAGUUGCUCCUGUGGAAGAAGAGUCAGAAAUCCAACAAACAACGACUUUGGCAGCAGAUAUGGUCAAAUCAGAUAGUGAGUCAGAUGUAGUAACACCAGUAGUGAGUGAAGAAGACCAACCAUCCACUGCAGCACCGGCACUGGAGGAGUCUAGCCCACUUGCCAUCGAUAUCAAAGUAGACAACGAGCCUGAGGACGCUGAAGACACCCAGAAUUCGGAAGCAGUGCAAAGUCAAAAUGAAGGGCAAACUACUCAGCAACCUAUUCUCGAAACUGAUGUCGCAUCUGAACAGCUAAUAAACGAGGAAGAAGAAGUUAAUGCUCAAUCCGAGGAACUUCCUGAGGACAACCCACUUGAUUCUGAAGACGAAAACGUUCCUGUAGAAGAAACGAACCUUGAGGAAGAAAAUCUUGAAGAAGCCCCAACAACUGCCAACCCACUUAGUGUUCAAUUGCCCAUUGAAGUAUCAACUGUGAGAGAAGAACUGGUUCAAACGGUUGCACCCGAAACUUUGGAAAGUGAGGAAGCUUUGAAGGAAGCCACAACCAUUGAGAGCUUACCUAAUGAAGAAGAUGCUCAGAUUGGAACCACCCCCGCAACUAAAAUCGAACAAUCACAACCAGAUGAGAUAAUCUCAGCCGAAAGUGAAAACAAUGAAGCGUAUUUGGAUGAAGGUAAAGCCACUGAAGCCCCAGAAGUCGAGAGUGCAGUUGGUCUAGGGGCGGAAGAAGAGGCUGUUGAAAGCGAAGUCAAUAAUGAGUUGGACAAAACGACAGUUGCUUCUGAUUUACUUGAGGGUAACAUGGCAAGUGAAGAAGUCAGUGCUGGAACAACUAUUGAGCCAAUUAAUGCUGAACAAGAAAUUGAAAACGAUGGUGUGACAGUGUCACCUCAGCACAACGACUAUACACCAGCGGAAGGAGCGGACAAGGAUGAGAAGUUAAUUGAAGCAAUGACUAACAAUAAAGAAGAAAACGCUGAAGAUGACGUACAGUCAAGUCCUAUUCCUGCUGAUGACGCAGAGUCAAGUCCUACUCCUGCUGUUCACCCCCUUGAACUAGUCCCACAAGAUGAAACCGAACAAGCUGUUGCAUCAAUCUUCGGCCAAGAAUAUGUAGAAACAACAAAGAAGUCCAUUGAAGAGUACACAACCGCUGCUCCAGUAGCCAUUCAGGAAGAUCUAGUCCAACCUGCUCUUGACCAUAAGCCAGCCGAAAGCGCUGAAACCGACCAACCAGAAAGCUUAGCUUCGGAUCCCGAACAAACACCAUUGUCUGAGACAUCCUCUAACCGCGAUGGUGCUGAAUCAAACCUAGUCUCUGUCAUUGCCCCAGCGGGCAACGCUCAAGAACCAAAUGAUUCCAAUGAAGUGCCAGAUGAAAACGAAGAACCUGUUCAAACUCCGAAUCAAGACCUUCAAUCUGAAAAUUUGAUAGUAGAAAUUCCUCCUGAGCUGCCAAUCUUCUUCAGGACCACCAUCCCAUCGGUACCUCAGGAAGCGACAGACAGUACCGCAAGUGAUAGUUCUCCCUUGAACGAAUCAGAAGAGUCUGAUGCGUUUACAACAUAUAGAAGCAUUGACGAACAGGAAUCUGCCGGACCUGCUAGCGAGGAAGGAUAUCAGACUGCCGAGGAAGAAGAGACAAACGAGGAAUCAGAAGAUGCCGAUAAGAAUUUGUUCUACACAACUAGCUCGCCGGAAGUGAUUGAAGCCACCACGCAGACGAUGUUGGGAUUGGCAAGCCGAGUGACAACAAUGGAACCAGGUGCACCUGUGUCUGCCAAUUUGAAUUUCGAGAGUACUCCAAAACCGACAUCAGUUCUGGAAAUUCGCAAACGGGUGGAGCUUGGUGAUGAUGCGGUAUCCCUUGGGUUACCUUGUACGUUGGACAAACAGUGCCAGAACGCUGAUCCCAAUACACACUGCAAUGAAAUCGGAGUUUGCGAUUGUUCAUAUAAGUCAGAUGAGGACCACUGUAGUGCUGAGCGAACUGGUUGCAGCGAAGGAACAUUCCAGUGUCGUUCCAGUGGAGUUUGUAUCAGUUGGUUCUUCGUCUGUGACGGCCGAGCAGACUGUGUUGAUGGAUCCGAUGAAGAAUGCAUCCAUAAUCCACGCUCCAACCAGCGGUGUCCUAAGGAGUCAUUCCGAUGUGGUCGAAGCGGACGCUGUGUUAGUCGAGCGGCCAUUUGUGAUGGCAAGCGACAGUGCCCACAUGGCGAGGAUGAGUUGGGUUGCAACAGCCUGAAAUCAGGACGUUGCCCUGAGAACACGUUCCGAUGCAAGAGCGGUGAAUGUUUGCCAGAAUAUGAAUUCUGUAACGCGAUAAUUUCAUGCAAGGAUGGCAGUGACGAACCUCCACAUAUUUGCGGAUCUCGGUCGGUACCGAACUUCUUCUUGAGAUUGUUGACCAGCGCAACUAGUCGAAAUCAGAAGUAUUGCCCGCACAAAUGCGCCAAUGGAAGAUGCCGAUCAACGGCCAUUGUCUGCUCAGGACGAGAUGGUUGUGGGGACGGAACUGAUGAGGACACCUGCUCUAUUUGCCGUUGUCCAUCACGUACGGCCAGCACACGGCAGGCACCCUACAACAUCUUCUCACAUUUCAAGCACUGGUAGGCAUCCAAUUCCCCAAGGAGAGCUAGAUCCUUUGGGACACUUAGUCAUUAUUUUCACAUUUUUGAUAUUGUUUGAUUUUGAGCGAAAAUUGAAACAUUGACAAACUACCCCUUUCGGUAGCUUGCCAAAGCUGAAGGACAAACAUAUUUAUGUCAUUAUUAUUUCGGUUUAAUUUAGGUAAAAUAAUUUCUUUUUCGUUUUUUGUUUUCGCACAAAUUUGUGUUGUUCUUAAUUUGAAAUCAACUGAGCCAUUUAAGUUUGUAAUCUUAUGUUUAGAAUUGUUUCGACAGUUUGACUCUCAAUUGACGCCUUGUUAGCGAAGGGCUCAUCAACAAAUUCAUCUCAGAAGCGCACAUGCAUCAUUAACUUUCACCGCUUUCCCUCUUCUACGCCCAACUUUCACUAUGCAUCGCCAUACACUCUUCCCAUCAUCUUCCUUCCAACGGGGGAACUCCCUUCCUAUUUAUUUAUAUGAUCCCACUAAAUGACCGGCCCAAUGUUCUCCCGCCCCUUCGCUUCAACGAUGACGUCAAUUGGAGAGUGCUCGAAUAAUUAGUUAAUAAAAUCAGGAUCGAAGUAGGACACGAUCAAUAUUCGAAUGAUUUAUAUUAUUUAGUCGUAACCUAAAAGGAUAUUGAGCAUAAUAAUCCGAUUUUCUUUUGUACCCUUUGCAUGCUUCUAACCUUAAGUUAUCUCGUAAGUUUUGUCAUUCUACCCUUGCCUAUUAUUUAAUUUUACUGGACUCUGUUUCCACCCUCAGUUGUCAGUUAAUAGUUAUUGAAUGUUGGAUCACCGAAACGUUUUUGUACUUUUAUGUGAAACUGAUGGAAAUUGAGAAGGAAAGCGCAUGCACUGUAAAUAGGCAAAUCGUUUUUAUUGAAAAUCUGAAAAUUAAAAAAAUAAAUAAAGUGAGUAAAUGGAA